AUGUAUUCCAAUUUUCAUCAGUCGGGAUUAUGCCAUCGUAACCUCGUUGCCCUUAUUGGUGUUGUACUUGAUGACACAAACAUCUACAUGGUCACUGAGUACAUGGCGAAUGGGAAUCUCGUUGAUCUGUUGCGUUCGCGUGGUCGUCACCAGUUAGAUAAGAUGCAGCUGAUUCAGUUUGCAAUGUAAGU